AUGAAAAAAGCCAAAAAGGAUUAUUACUCCAAGAGAAUUGAUGGUCAAAAACAAAAUCCAAAGGAGGCUUGGAAAACAAUAAACAACUUACUAGGCAGACAAAACCAACCAACAAAAGUAAAUGAGUUGAGUAUAAGUGGAAAUGAUUUAACAAAUUCAGAAGACAUUGCAGAGGGCUUUAACGAAUUCUUUUCAAAUAUUGGGCCUGACUUCGCUAGUAAACUUGAUACUUCGAAUUACAAUUUUGAUGAGCAUGAUAAUUUAUGA